AUGUGCUGUGAUUGGGCACAUGCCCAUCGAUUGGAUCCCAAUCUCUACCUCUUUACCGCACCCAACUCAACCCACAACAACACAAUCUCUACCUCUUUACCUCACCCAAAUCAACCCACAACAACAUCUGACGACAUCUUUCUCAAUGGUUUAUUGGUUGCACGAGCCGGCUACCAAGAUUGCAACCGUUUGAAUGGUGCUUCAGGAAUUGAAACCCGAUGUGUAAUCAAGGAUCCAGAAACUUACAAGGCCCGCAGUCGGCCAGCCUCCCUCUCCAGAGAUGAGUGUCUGUUCAUGGUUUGCCUUGUUCAAUCCGAACCCGGGCUCUUUCUAGACGAAAUCCAGGAACGCUUGUACGAUUCCAGUGGUGUAUUCCUCAGCGUUGAGGGAGUCCACCGGAAUCUUGUGGAACAAUUAUCGAUAACAUUGAAGAAGCCUGAAACAAAGAACUGUUGGAAAUCACUAGUUGAGAAGUACUCAUUUGUUGAGAAGAUGGAAUUCUUCCCAGCCGACUUUCUUGUUUUUACUGAUGAAAGUUCCUUCUGUGAUAAGGACUUGCUUUGA